AUGGAGUCUUUGUCCCUGAGCGACAAGAUUCAAUGCUCCGAGCCUGCGGCCAAGAUGUUGCACGAACAAGCUCCUGAUUUGCCAUUGCGGAGGAGGGGCAAGGUCGCUGUGAAAGGCAAGGGCAAUAUGGUCACGUAUUGGGUCGGAGAAAGGCCAUCUGCAAGAAGGACUCCCAACUUCAAAGGCCAACCUAUGGUGAAUUUUGCCGGCGACAUUGUGACUCCAUCGCCAAUACCUGGAAGCCUUUUGACUCCAUCGCCACGAUUGGGCCGUUUUGCAACGAAUGCACUUGAUUUAGAGACUUCAAGAACACAAGACUCCAAGAAAGAGAUAGAAACUCCACCAGAAGCAACAAAGGAAGCGCCUCACAGAGACUUGCCUCCAAACCAAAUCAGAAGGAACUCCCUGUCGGAUGGUCCUUCUCACGAUGAAGCACGUAUGCGAAACUAA